CGCCGGCGCCCUCGGGCAGGCGAGGGAAUGGAGGGAAUGGAGCCGGUGGGCGGCGGCGGUGACGGCGGCGGCCCCUCCUUCGCAGACACCCGGGGCACCUACGUGCUGAGUAACCUCGCCGAGGUGGUGGAACGCGUGCUCACCUUUCUGCCCGCCAAGGCCUUGCUGCGGGUGGCCGGCGUGUGCCGCUUAUGGAGGGAGUGCGUGCGCAGAGUGCUGCGGACCCAUCGCCGGGUCACCUGGAUCUCCGCGGGCGUGGCCGACGCCGGACACCUGGACGGGCAUUGCCUGGUCCGCGUAGUAGCCGAGGAGCUCGAGAAUGUUCACAUUUUACCACAGACCGUUCUCUACAUGGCUGACUCUGAAACUUUCAUCAGUCUGGAAGAGUGCCGUGGCCAUAAAAGAGCAAGGAAAAGAACUACCAUGGAAACAGCAUUAGCUCUUGAGAAACUAUUCCCAAAACAGUGCCAGGUCCUUGGGAUUGUGACUCCAGGAAUUGUAGUGACUCCAAUGGGAUCAGGUAGCAGUCGACCUCAGGAAAUAGAAAUUGGAGAAUCUGGUUUUGCUUUAUUAUUCCCUCAAAUUGAAGGAAUAAAAAUUCGGCCCUUUCAUUUUAUUAAGGAUCCAAAGCAUUUAACACUAGAAAGGCACCAGCUUACUGAAGUAGGUCUUCUAGAUAACCCCGAGCUUCGUGUGGUCCUUGUCUUUGGCUACAAUUGCUGUAAGGUGGGAGCCAGUAACUACCUGCAGCGAGUAGUCAGCACUUUCAGUGACAUGAACAUUAUCUUGGCUGGAGGCCAGGUGGACAACUUGUCAUCACUGACUUCUGAGAAGAACCCUGUGGAUAUCGAUGCCACAGGUGUAGUUGGACUUUCAUUCAGUGGGCACCGAAUCCAGAGUGCCACAGUUCUCCUCAGUGAGGAUGUGAAUGAUGAGAAGACGGCUGAGGCAGCCAUGCAGCGCCUUAAGGCAGCCAACAUCCCAGAACAGAACACCAUUGGCUUCAUGUUCGCAUGCGUUGGCCGGGGCUUUCAGUACUACAGAGCCAAGGGGAACGUUGAGGCUGAUGCGUUUAGAAAGUUCUUUCCCAGUGUUCCCUUAUUCGGCUUCUUUGGAAAUGGAGAGAUUGGCUGUGACCGCAUAGUCACCGGGAACUUCAUACUGAGGAAGUGCACGGAGGUGAAGGACGACGACCUGUUCCAUAGCUAUACGACCAUCAUGGCGCUCAUUCACCUGGGGGCGUCUAAAUGAGCCAGCUGUGAAGUGCCUUUCACAGUCUGUUACUUUUGGUUUGCCCUUUUCAAAAAAUGUAUUGUAAAAAACAGUUCUAGCUAUCUCUUUUGUAGCUUUGAGUGGUGCACUGAGGCCAUAUUGGAGUAAUUUUUAAUAUAUUAGAUGGACAACUUUAUAUACAACAUAGCUCAAAAAUUCAGAGGUUUGUGUCAGGGCACAAGCAAACCAGUUGUGGCUGGAUAUGCAGCUGCCUUGUAAGGUAAGACUUUAAACUGUCCUCCUGUGCUGGGAGACGGAAGGGGUUCACCAUUACAAUGGGUUCCAUGUCUACCUCUUAUGGGUAGAUGAACUUUUAGUAUGAAUCAUGACUUUUUCUACCUUAAUAAAGGAGAAAAAUGUAUAGAUGGCUUGAGAAGUCUUUCUCUGCCUUUCAAUUUUACCAGUUUUUCUUCAGAAGCUGUAACAAGUACUACUGACUUUUUACUUAUUUGAUGAAGAAAUAUUUUUGUUCUGGUACUCUAAAGUAGCUCUACCAGAUAAAGUGCCAGUCUUGCUAGUCAGUAUUUUAUUAAAAACAAAAAACCUAAAAACACCAUUUUCCUCAAGAAGGAAAUAGCAAGGGAAUAGUCUUUUUCCUGUAAUUCUGUGUGCUUCACUGGCAGACAGAAAAUUAAGUUAUCAUAUUUUGGUUUUAUACCAUGGAAACAUCUUAAAAACAUCCCAUAGUGUGUUACAUUUCAUUGCUUUUGGUGGGUGAACGAAGUGUGAACUAAUCUUUAUCAGUGGAAGCCUGGAGCAGCAGAAAACACCCAUCCUUUUCACAUCACAGUAGAAACUUUGAUUUUCAGUUAGGUACAUGUCUCCCAGAACAAAGGUUACAUCUCAAUGUCCCUUGUAGAUACUGCUGCGUUCUGGCUAGUAGAAGGUGAGGGAAAACAAUGUGCGUCCUUAAAAAUGGCAUGUUUUGCAUUCUCCAUCCUAUUGCUUGAAAUGUGGACCAGUCAUGACUCCUCUUGGACCGCCCCAGAGAAAGCAAUACCCCAUUAUGGAAGAGAACCACAGUGAUCCUGGGACCCUGUACACUUUUGUUGAAGGACCUUCAUAAUGGACCUGGACUGCCUGUUUCCAGACUGUUUCAGAAAGCAGAAAUUAACAUCAGCUUGCUUAAGCCACCUCCCCCCCCCCCCCCAGGUCUUUGUUGCAAGAUAUCCUUAAACAGUAACUGAUGAAUGGUAUUUUUGUAAUGGUCAAGAGUUUGUACUGACAGGACAGUGAAAAACUUAAAAGUGAAGUAAAAUCAAAUGUAUUAAUA